CGGAAGCUCCGUAAGUAUUCCCAGCAGGUGAGCCAUGUUCCCUUUCCACCUAGAACUCUGAUCUUUGCUUUCUAUCCGGGGCUCGAGUUCGCGGUGCCGCCUAGAGCUCUCCUUGAGGAUUCCCGGUGGUUGAACUUGCACUAACCUCUGCCACCGGCGGUCUUCCGGUAUGGCACUCCACGACUCCGAACGUGUCGUGAGAGUAGGGGGUCUCAGUAAGAGAGCUCCCCGGGCCUGUGAAUCAUGCCGCUCAAGGAAGGUCCGGUGUGAUGUUACAAGGACUAAAAUUCCAUGUACAAACUGCAGGCUUGACAGCAAGGAUUGUUCAGUACCCGCAAGCAAGAGACGACACGUUGGAGAUCGUAUAAUAGGCCCAUCCUUCUUCGAAGGCAAGCAACACGGUCCUCGAAGCCCAAUAUGUGACGCAAUCAUUGAUUUUGGAGAUGUAAACGGCGCAUCCGCCGAGGGGAUCGACGUUGCUGUUGCCAACAACAUUGCUGGAGAUGGCUCAUUCGAUAUCUUCGGCCUCUCGGCGCAAGCUGUCUUCAGUGUACCUGCGGCUACUGACAUUCCCAAUUCUCUCGACAAAGCUGUUAUGAUAGAUGACGAGCCAGAAUUCCAGGCAGAUUUUCUGGCGCCUUAUCCAUCACCGACGCAUACCAUUCUGGCAGACCACUACCAUCCAUCAUCACUGCCCAAGUAUAUCACGCCUUUGAAGAAGACCCUGUCGACCGAGGAUCUCCACCACCUCCAAAUAAAGGGUGCUUUCGACAUUCCAGACUUAGCCACGCGUGAUCUGCUUCUGACAAAUUAUGCAAAAUGGAUACACCCUUUCGCACCAAUGCUAGACCUCGAGGAGAUCCUCUCGGCAGUGUCCAGCAGCGGCAACACCGGCACAACAAGCCUUCUUCUUUUCCAGGCAGUCAUGUUUGCUGCAACAGCAUACGUGAAUAUCGACGGCCACGAUGGAAGACACAAGAAGACCAGAGGCAUGUUCUACGAGCGUGCACGACUGCUCCACGAUUUUGACGUCGAAGCGGAUAGACUGAUAAUUUGCCAGGCGGCUAUCCUACUAAGCUUCUGGGACGGGGAUAGCGAAGGCGUUCGGGACAGCUAUUACUGGGUCGGAAUCGCGACACUGCACGCAACCACUAUUGGGCUCAACUUUGAUCCCGCCAGCAGCAGCCUCUCAGAUCAGAAACAUCGGCGUUCAUUCAAGAUGACAUGGUGGACCCUUGUCAUGAGAGACAGGUUGCUUGCUGUUGCCUUGCGGAGGCCGGUGCAAAACAAGGCCUUUCGAUUUGAUGUCCCCAUGCUACAUCUUGACGACUUCAGAUUGGAGUCUCUCUUGGAGGCCUUGCAGAACAGCUUAGAGAUACACGACGUAGGGUUGGCCGAGCUUGAAACACUCGCCAGUUCCUGCAUGGCUCUGGCUCAGCUUUCCGAAUACAUCGACAAGGUCUUGACCGUGCAAUAUACUGUCCAAAGAACUCCCUCCGCUGCAGGACAGAGCGCCAUCACUGUAUCUCUGGUUCCAAGGAUCAAUGCUUCAAGGUGUCUCGACAUCAUGAUGUGCGGACAAGAGCUGCAAAACUGGUAUGGGUACUUACCCACCGAAGUGCAGCAACUUGAGCUUGAAAGUCAUGACAUCGAACGUCGAAAUGAGAACCCGAUCGUGAGGGUACACAAGGCUCUCUUGGCGGGCUAUUAUUCGAUGACCUUGAUGACUUUAUACCGGCCUCUACUCAAUCUGUCAUCUUCUAAUGCGAAAGAGACUAAGCUGCGAAUCUUAUCGAUGAAGAUGGUUUCGCAGGCAGCAAAAAGCAUUACCAGCAUAUUCACCAACCUGUAUGCCGACCACCUGAUCUCGUGGUUGCCUGAUACUGCCAUCGCAGUCUUGGAGCCGGCGGUGGCCACACACCUGCUCUACAGCAUGUCUGAGCUUGAUGUGGUGCGACAGACUAGCUUUCAGAAGUUUUACCUCUGUUGGCGGAUUUUGCAGCAGUUGGGAGAGGUUUACUAUCUAGCAGAAACAACCAUGUCCAUGCUGAACGCCGCCGCGCAGAGGUUGAAGUCACUCCCAGACCUGAAGGUGGUCAAAUCCGCCGCUUGUUCACAGCUGAUUGAUGCAAUCUGUCCGCCUAGCGACGACAAUGCCACAAGCCAUGUCGCCGUCCCGUUUGUCGGAGUGGUUGGAGAACAGAAAAGGGAUCGGUCAGAUGUGGCUAUGGGCUGGGACGAGCCAGAGAAGAUCAGGGAGGAACCCAGACAACAAACCCAGGUGUUGGACACCUAUGACCAUAACUUUGACCUGGAAGCGAACUGUGCCUUGGACCCGAAUGCCUUCGAUCAACUCGUUUGUUGGGACGUUGUUGAAGAGGAGCUUCGGGCUAAUGAUUGAGUACGAAUACAGUGGCAUUGGCUGGAGUCAAUCUUGCGUCCAAUAUCCGAUCAGCUUGUUGAGUGUGCAUCUAAGAUUCGGUUAGUCGAAAGACUUCAUAUAAAGGGACCUGGCUCGGUAGUGUAUGAAUAGAUGUAUUGUGCAAGGAAAUAUUUGGGACGUAUUAUUUUGCACUAUCUGCUUUGUCGAGGUACCUCGAGCGAUCACGCAUCUAUUCAGGAGCCAUAUCAAACGUAUUUUGCUCUCUGGUGGACACAGCCUGAGAAGAUCAACCGAUGAUCACGACGUCAUGUGGGGGAAGCACUGUAACGUCGG